AUGAAGUUACAAAGUCAUCCUAAAUUUAUAAAAAUAUUUUAUUAUUUUCUUUUUAAUGCUGCUGUGUUUGUCCUUUUAUAUCAAACAUUUGCAAGACACAACAUUAAACCGCAAUAUGCAACUGUGAUAAAUGAACUAGUGCAGAGAAACCAACAACAUCGGAAAUUGAAAUACAUUCUUCUUUGGACCCAUCCUGAAGAUACUCCGUUUGUUUAUUUUGGUCACGGGACCUCUGUAUUUGAAAAUAAAUCGUGCGAGUUUGCUAACUGUUUUGUUACUGGCGAUAGAAAUUUUCUAGGUGACUACACCAAGUUCGAUGUUAUAGCUUUUAGUAGUUCGCGACUGUCUGACAUUUCACAGGCAACUGAUAUACCACCAAAGAGGUCAGCAAAUCAAAAAUAUGUUUUCGCAAGUGUAGAAUCUGCUGCUUAUUAUCCUAUAUGCACAGAUGAAUGGAACGAUUUUUUUAAUUGGACCUGGACCUAUAAAUUAAACUCAGACGCUAUGUGGGGUUACAUUAACGUUCGUAAUGCUACUGGACAUUCUAUUGGACCCAUGACAGAAAUGCACUGGAUUAAUUCGAGGCACAUGGACAAUAUUGACGAUAACCUAAGAUCCACUCUUCGAUUUAAAAACCGGAUUGCUGCAUGGUUUGUAUCAAAUUGUGAAACUCAAAGUCUCAGAGAGGAAUUUGUAAAACAAGUAAAUUUCGAGUUAAACCAGUAUAAUAUAAGUGUUGAUAUUUUUGGAAGCUGUGGGAACCAUUAUUGCUCUAAAAAAAUUAUGAGAAGGUGUUUAAAAUUGCUAGAGAAAAAUUACUUUUUCUAUUUCGCAUUUGAAAAUUCAUUUAGUGAAGACUAUGUUACAGAGAAACUAAUGUAUGCCUUGCAACACAACACGGUACCAGUCGUGUACGGAGGCGCAAAUUACACCAGGUUCUUGCCGAAAGGUUCUUACUUAAAUGCCCGAACAAUGGGACCAACAAACCUAGCACACAAAAUGUUUGAACUGAUGACUGAUCUAAACGCUUACGCUCAGUAUUUUAAAUGGAAGAAAUAUUAUUCGUACCAUUACAGACAUGAAAGCCCAGAUACCGAUGACUAUUGUAAAUUUUGUGCCAUGCUUAAUGACGAAGAAUUAUUCAAACGUAAGAGUUAUUACGCAAAUAUGAGAAUUUGGUGGUCAGACAAACACACGUGUACGAUGAAAAUCUCCAAAAAAUAACAAGAUAUUUAACUGUUUCUCGUGAAAAAACGCGAUAAAUAAUAUUUCUGUAUUUAGUCUUAAGCUGCUGAGGCCUUAAUAGA